AUGACUAUCUCUCGUUUUCUCACAGCCGUUUUGGUGUCGUUGGACCUAGUGUCAGCGGCGCCAAAUCUGAAGUCUCGCCUAGAGUCGGGUCCUCGUCCGCAUGUCAUUGUGGCUUUGUGUAACGCCAUCGAACCUGCGGUGUUUUAUUUUGAGAGCGACAACGAUAAGCCCGACAUCCCCGAUAGUAUCAAUAUCCUCCAAUCUUCCAAGAAGGUUACCGAGGGCGUGGCCCCACCAUUCAACCUGCCAUUCGUAGUGAUGGGAAAGUACAAUAUCCUAGGAGGGGCAACUGUCAUAGCCGGCGGUCCAGGAUCCUACGAAGGGGCGUUCAAAGGAACCGUGAAAUACGGCCAGACAGGCCUGAAUUGCUUCGACAGCCAGUUGCGUAGCUUCACUUAUACACCGUCUCCCCAAGACACUGCACCCGCAUUUUCGGGCGAAACGAAGUGUCUGGCGGCGUUUUCAUGCACCCGGGCCGAAGGCAUCGACGUCAAGUUCGAGGUCUCUGACGACACGGUUGUUAUUGCCAACUACAAGGCCGGUUUCGAGAAGCCAUCCAACAUGAUCAGCACUGCCAAAGAACUCAUCAGCAGCGGAGGUAAACUGUGCAAAGAUGGCGACGUCUCUGUCGACAUAGACAACACUUGCAAGAUAACGCUAUCAAAUUGCGACGACGCCAGCGGUGCUCUACUUCCAAAGCUCAUUGAUUCUUUUGGUGCUCUUGCCGAUCAGAACGGAGCUUUCGCGCUUUCCAGCCAGAAGAACACUCAUUGCUCGGGACCGGCCUAUUGUCCGCCUUCUAUGGAUACACAAAUGAUCAGGCUUCCGAAGAGGUGGCAGGCGCUUGUCAGCAAUAUCCCCCCUCCCGGCAGCAACAACCAACCCAGUAUUCAAGCUACCCUGGACCUCUCCUUCGAAUGCCAUUCUGAUAUGGACGAGACCAUGUGCAAGGUUUUGAAGGGCCUCGCUGGCACCGGCGCCUUGAUUCCAAUCGUCGGACCAGCCUUUGGGGCCGGUGCCCUGGCUGUGGACUUGGCAUGCUCAUGA